AUGAGGAUUUCGAUUAAAGGAGGUGUUUGGACAAACACAGAGGAUGAGAUCCUCAAGUCUGCUGUGAUGAAAUACGGGACGAACGAAUGGGGUCGUACGUCUUCCUUACUUGUGCGCAAAUCCGCUAAGCAGUGUAAAGCUCGUUGGUACCAGUGGCUCGAUUCUUCCAUCAAAAAGACUGAGUGGACCAGAGAGGAGGAUGAGAAGCUGCUUCAUCUUGCUAAGCUCCUGCCGAGUCAAUGGAGAACAGUCGCUCCCAUGGUCGGCCGCACUUCCUGUGAAUGCAUUGACCGCUACGAAAAGCUUCUGGAUGCAGCUUGUGUAAGUGAUGAAAAAUAUGAUGAUCCAAGGAAAUUACGACCCGGAGAGAUCGACCCAAACCCGGAAGCAAAGCCUGCUCGACCCGAUUCAGUUGACAUGGACGACGAUGAAAAAGAAAUGCUUUCAGAAGCAAGGGCUCGAUUAUCCAAUACAAGGGGAAAAAAGGCAAAAAGGAAGGCCCGGGAGAAGCAGAUUGAAGAAGCCGGUCGUCUUGCUUCUUUACUAAAGAAGAGAGAAUUGAAGGCGGCCGGAAUUGAUGAUUAUAGGAAAAGGAAGAAUUUCGACUGCAAUGCUGAGAUCAGGCCGCCAAUUGGCUUUUAUGAUGUCGCUGAUGAAAGUUCAAUAGUUGAGCAACCUAAAUUCCCAACCACCAUCGAGGAAAUGGAAGGUGAAAGAAGAGAGGCCCGUUUGAGAAAGCAGGACAUUGCGAAGAACAAAAUAGCAUGGAGACAAGAUGCUCAAAAAACCGAUAGAAAAAGGCCGAAGAUGGACCUCCCGACACCACAGAUUCCAGAUUAUGAGUUACGACACAUCACAAAAAUGGGUCUUCAAGCUUUCAAAGAUCAAUUGUCACAAGGAAGUAGUGUCACACGUGCUCUCCUUCCUGAUUAUACAUGUCAAGGAAUGAUUAAGACGCCGCUGCAAGGAAAGAAAGAGAUGAUUAUGAUGGAGGCCGCAAAUCAGGCAAGGCACAGGGGCGGACGCAAGAAUUAG